AUGGAAUUGGCUAUAGCUGUUACUUCUUUUGCCUUCACUAAUGUCAUAUCUAUGCUUGUUUCUGCUAAAUGUAAUCUGGAGCAGCAAUUUUCCUGUGCCGACGGCAGCUGUAUAGCACUGAACGAUGUGUGCGAUGAAAUUCAACAAUGUGCCGAUGGCUCUGAUGAAAAAGAGUGUGAAUUCAGUUAUAACCUCACGGGGAGUUGA